UUCCCAGCUCUCACUGCUUUCGUUUCAGGUUUCCGGCAUCUGCGGUAUUGUGUUUUGAGAAAGAAAGAAUACAUCUGGUAUGGAGGAUCAGAAUGAAGAUGAGUCUCCAAAGAAGAAUACAGUAUGCCAGCUCACUAACGGACCUGCUUCUGUGAUCGUCUCCCGGAAGCGGCCUUCGGGGAACUACGAAAAGGAGAAAGACUUGUGCAUUAAAUAUUUUGACCAGUGGUCUGAAUCUGAUCAGGUGGAAUUCGUGGAGCACCUAAUCUCACGGAUGUGCCACUAUCAGCAUGGACACAUUAACUCUUACCUGAAGCCUAUGUUGCAGCGGGACUUCAUCACUGCAUUGCCAGCACAAGGAUUGGACCACAUAGCAGAGAAUAUACUGUCGUACCUCGAUGCCAAAUCACUGUGUGCUGCAGAGGUGGUGUGUAAAGAAUGGCAACGGGUAAUUGGUGAGGGAAUGCUAUGGAAGAAGCUGAUUGAGAGGAUGGUGCGCACAGAUCCACUUUGGAAGGGACUUGCAGAAAGACGAGGGUGGGAGCAGUACUUGUUUAAAAACAGACCUGCUGAUGGCCCACCAAAUUCAUUUCAUAGAGGAUUGUACCCAAAGAUUAUUCAGGAUAUAGAGACUAUAGAAUCUAAUUGGAGGUGUGGGCGACACAAUCUCCAGAGAAUCCAGUGUCGGUCAGAAAACAGCAAAGGGGUUUACUGCCUGCAGUAUGAUGAUGACAAAAUAAUCAGUGGUCUUCGAGAUAACUCAAUCAAAAUUUGGGACAAACAGACACUGGAAUGUUUGACAGUUCUUACGGGUCACACAGGUUCGGUGCUGUGCCUGCAGUAUGAUGAGAGAGUUAUUGUUACUGGAUCUUCGGAUUCAACAGUAAGGGUUUGGGAUGUAAAUACAGGAGAUGUUCUGAAUACAUUAAUUCACCACAAUGAGGCAGUAUUGCACCUUCGCUUCUGCAAUGGACUAAUGGUCACGUGUUCGAAGGACCGAUCUAUAGCAGUGUGGGAUAUGGCUUCGCCAACGGACAUCACUCUGCGACGGGUGUUGGUUGGUCAUCGGGCUGCGGUUAAUGUGGUGGACUUUGAUGACAAGUACAUUGUGUCAGCAUCAGGUGACCGAACAAUCAAGGUGUGGAGCACAAGUACAUGUGAGUUUGUGCGCACAUUGAAUGGCCACAAACGUGGAAUAGCGUGUCUACAGUAUCGGGAUCGAUUGGUUGUCAGUGGCUCGUCAGACAACACCAUAAGGUUGUGGGACAUAGAAUGUGGAGCCUGUCUGAGAGUGUUGGAAGGACACGAGGAGUUAGUUCGAUGCAUUCGAUUUGACAACAAGAGGAUUGUGAGUGGAGCUUACGACGGUAAAAUCAAAGUUUGGGAUCUUCAAGCUGCUCUAGAUCCACGUGCCCCUGCGAGUACUUUGUGUCUACGCACCUUGGUGGAACACUCUGGACGGGUAUUCCGACUGCAGUUCGACGAGUUUCAAAUCAUCAGCAGUUCCCACGAUGACACCAUUCUCAUCUGGGAUUUCCUGAAUGUGCCGCCAAACAACCAGAAUGACACCCGCUCUCCAUCGAGGACGUACACUUACAUCUCCAGAUAACAGAUCACACACAUGCUACCUGUAACAGGGCCUGGAAUUACUACUGGAUAUUAGGCUACCGCAUCGCAGCCUGAAGAUGCUCAAUGAGCCAUGAUAGUUGUGGCGACCUGAUUUCUGUAGCUGCAGACAGAUCAGAGGCAGCAAGAUAUCAGUGUAUCAUGCCUCGUUCUUUUUCUCUCUUCUUUCACUCUUUUUUCCUCUCAGAACUCUGAAGUGACAUUUACUGAACUGUAAACUUAACGUUAACGAGCCUAGCCGUCUGCCAUGCUUAACACAAAUCUGGGUUUCCCAAAGCUGAGUGUUUCGCAAAUGGAUUGUUCAGACAACUGGGUCUUCAGUCUGAAGAAAGGACUUGGCAUUCUCAAUAUCGCUUUGCACUUUGUCCAGAGAAAUGCUAUGAAGAAAAUUCAUUUGUUGAACAUUUUUGGGUGCCAUAUCGUUUUAGCAAAAGGAGCAGAAUUUUACCAAACGCUUUGAUAUGUGUAGAAAGUAUCAUUCUGCCAAAGCCCGUAAAAAGGUACUCAAUUCUGGCAGCCUUUCAUUGCUUCUCCUGCCCCCCCCUGCCCCUCUGCGCACCUCAUCAAAUGACUUACGGAUGCAUAUCGGAUCUAGGAAAACAAGAAUUCCUGAAGACUUUUUGAAAAAGGUUUUUUCUCUUUUUUUUAUACAUUAUACUAAGGUAGAGCAGUUGAUAGAAGGUGGUAGCUGCUUACAAAUUAAGAUUACAUGCAAUUCGAGCUGUCGAAUGUAGCUAGUUGUAUAUAUCGUCGUGUCUUGACUGUAUAGUAACCUAUUUGAACCUUCAUGUGUUUUUCUUAAUGUUCUUUGAAAUAAAUAAAGUAACAGGCUACACUUGCACUAACUGUGAAAAGCAUGUAUUUAUGUGUCAUCUGCUGUGCCCCUUUCAGACCAAUAUCAGUCUUUUCUAAAAAAAAAUCUAUAGGUCCAGCAAAUGAUUUUCCCUCACUCAUAUUACUUCAGUGCCCGAUUCAGAUUUGUAGACAAAAAAGCUUGACUAGCUUUUUGAUUAUUCAGUAAACCUUUCUGCCCUUACAGCAGCGUGCCUCCCAUUGAAUUUGAAUUGUUCUAUUUUAAAACCUCUGUUUUGGUUAUGUGCAAAUAUUUGUCACGGUAACUAUUGAAUCUCUUUCUCUCUCCCUUCUUUCUCCCGCCACCUCUACCCCAUCCUCGAUUCUUGUAUUAAUUAUUUGUGAGUUUGUAUGAGUUAGUUUCUCCUCGUGUAUUGCUGCACACGGUAAUGGUCCCGCUGAUCGUAAGACUCGGGCUGUGCCAAUCUCUAGAUACAUCUGGCCAAUUCCUCUUUCUCUUUAAACUCGUCAAGCCCAUUACUGGCAUACAAUUGGUAAGAUGAAACGUAAAGCUUGUUUUUUCUCUUUAAAUGAUUGGCUUGCACCCACCUUUUAAUCUGUAUAGCAUUUGUCUGCAGUUAAUGUAUGUACUGAAUACUAUAAACUAGAAUGAAAACCUGACUAUAAUGCUGUGGCCUCACCUGAACUAUAUUCUACUCUCGCCAUCCCAACCCCCCAUAAAGAGAUUCAACUGCUUGUGUUUCUCACUUCGACAUAACAUCUGGUCCAAAGAAGACCUUUUGUCUUUGUGUAAAUGUAUAUUUUGUAUAGCUUAAUUUAAAGAUCUGUUUCUGAGUCCUGUGCCCAGUGUGUCACUGUGAAGCAAUUUUCCAGUUGGCAGCUGUGGAACGAUAUGUAAAGAAUGCGAGAACUAAGGAUUAAGGAGUGUUUUGGCAUUGGUUGUAUUUGCAAGUAUGUGUCCUCACAGCUGUAAACACUGUUGGGGACAGUACGACUGACACUGAGAGCACUGGAAGGCAAUGAUUUAUCAUGUACUUCUGAACCCUGCCUACUUUCCAGUUUAAAUGCAAAGUACGUUGUCUGGACAGUUCACCAAGACUUAAAUGUACAGAUAUUGUUUAUUGGUUAUAGCUCUUACUGUGGAAUGUGCUUAAUAAAUAUUUCAGUUUCAAAAUA